AUGUAUAUCAAACAAGUUGUUCUCGAUGCUUUCAAAUCCUACGCCAAUCGUACUGUUAUACCCGACUUCGAUCGAGAGUUCAACGCUAUCACUGGUCUCAAUGGAACUGGGAAAUCGAACAUCCUCGAUGCUAUAUGUUUCGUUCUCGGGAUAUCCAACUUAACUCAGAUCCGAGCUGGUAAUCUUCAAGAUCUCAUUUACAUGCGUGGACAAGGAAAAGCUCAAACUGCGAGCGUUUCCAUUACGUUUGAUAAUACAGACAAAAGCGCAUCACCAGUGGGAUAUGAAGAUGUUGAUUCUAUCACGAUUACCCGCCAGGUUGUGUUGGAUGGGAAAAGUCGAUAUCUGGUGCAAGGACUUUUUAUGUCCAACACUCAAGUACACGAUUUGUUCAGAUCCGUUAAUUUGAACGUGAACAAUCCUACGUUUCUGAUUAUGCAAGGGAAAAUUGCGAAGAUGCUGGAUGCGAAACCGGCCGAAAUAUUGGGAAUGAUAGAAGAAGCUGCAGGUACGAAAAUGUACGAGCAUAAGAAAUUGGCAGCUUUGAAUACAAUCGACAAAAAGGAGGUCAAAUUGCAAGAAAUUGAGCACCUACUGAGAGAUAACAUAAACCCGACUUUGGAAAGACUGGAGAAGGAUCGGCGGAAUUAUGCAGAGUAUGAAGAUAUUCAAAAGUCUGUGGCCAGUCACAGACAGGCGUACUUGAUGCAUGUUUACCAUGAGACUCUCGAAGCCUUCCAGAAAACCGAAGCAACCCGAGAAAAUGUGAAGAAGAAAAUUGAAGCUCUGCAGUCGUCGAUUUCUUCUGAAGAGGGAGAGAUCGUUCGAUUGGAUAAACUCAUUUGUGAAAUCGAAACAAAGCAGUUAUUGGUACCAAGAAAUGAGCUCAACAGCUUGAUGGGAGCCAUGUCUGGUUUGAGCAAGUCUCUGGAAGUGGCCCGCUCAGAUCUUAAAAUGGGACACGACUCCAUAAAGGAAUUGGACAAGAAGUUACGAACGUUUGAGAAAAACUUGGAGUCCGAGAAAACAAGCUUAAAUGCGCAGUUAAAAUCGCAUGAAAACCGAGACCGAACCUGGGAAGCCCUCAAAGCUGAGCGCGAUGCUGAUCAAGAGGCAUUGCAAAGAGCGACGUUGAAAGUAGAAAAUGCAUCCAAGGGUAUUAUUGCAGGAGAUGAAACUUCGUUGCGAACUCAGCUUGAUGAUGCGAAAGCGAAGUGCAUAGAACUGAAGGGUAUGCUUGAACAAUUCAAUAUUACCAUGCCACCAUUGAAAGCCGCUUUGCAAAGAAAGCUUGAAGAAAGUAGGCGAACGAAAAACGAAUAUGAGCGCAGUGCUGUGUCAAAGCAAGGGCUUGAAGCCGAAAUACGUCAGAUUGAGAUCAAACGCCUGGAAAAAGACAGUCCAUCUCUGCCUGCUGACUACGAAAGAGUUCGUUCUGAUCCAAACUCCACCGAAUUGACUUCAAGAACCGCCGAAAAAAUCCGGCUGGAACUCGUGGAAUACGAAGAGAAAGAAGCUGCGUUGUCGAAGAUAGUUAACGUGAAUGCCAUCGGAACUUUGAGCCAAACCAUGGACAAAGUGGCGGCUUGCAAGAAGAAGAAAAAAACUAUUGAGCAGAAUAAGAAGCAAAUCAGAGAAUUCAUCGACGAAUUGGAUCAGCAGAAGAACAAACUUCUGCGUGAUGCCCACGAAACUGUUGACAAGUCCUUCAAUGAAAUAUUCUCGAUUCUCAUUCCAAAGGCUCGAGCCAAGCUGGUGAAAAUAGAAAAAGAGGGAGUUCUGAAGGGAUUGGAGGUGAAAGUUGCUCUUGGCAACAAGUGGCUCGACUCGUUGGAUGAGUUGAGUGGUGGACAACGAUCUCUGACCUUCUUGUCGCUGAUACUCGCGAUCCUCUUGUUUCGACCUGCCCCACUGUACAUUUUGGACGAGGUCGACUCGGCAUUAGACUUGUCUCACACUCAGAACAUCGGAACGAUGCUGAAGCAGCAUUUCAAACAAUCUCAGGCGGAACGUGGGAAUCUUGAAAAAGGCUGCAAAGUUUUAUCGUACUUGCUGAAAAUCGAGAGUGAAGCCAAUGAAGCGGAAGUUCUCAGAUCUUCGAUGCUGAAGAAACAACAUACUUUCGGCGAUGUAUCGGAGAAAUACGAUGGAAAACAUGCUUCGACUCCCAUCACUCAUAUGUCGCGGUCGAAAACCUUCCCAGUGAGCGCUAUUAGUGAGAAUGGUCACUACAGCAACCGUUAUCCAGCUGGAGCGUGGGCGGAAAAGUCUUCAGAGUCAAAUCCAAAUUUGAUCCAUCCGCAAAACCAGGAAAGAACGCGAGAUUCGAAGAACCUGAAUCAGGCGAUUCUUCAGUUUUGUGCUGGCUUCGAUUGCUCUCAGUUCAAGUUCCAGUUCAAGUCCAGUGAUCUGAUUUUCAACGCAGAUUUGGAUGUAGAACCUUUCGAAGCUUCCGUCCUGAAUGAUUUGGCAAAAGUCGCAUCUCACCACCGCUCAAUUCAAGAACUAGUGAAAAGCACGAUGGAAGGAAGUGAAUCGAAAACGCGGCAAGCUCUUGCAACGGUUUGCUUCCGCCAACUCCAGCAAUACUAUAAUUCCCUUCGCAUCUUAAAUGCCCCGUUGGCCGCCAAUGAUUCUGAUGAGAAGAAGCUGAUUCGUUUGACGUAUUGCUUAGAACCGGUCGGUGAUAAACUGCGAGCGAUAUGGGAAAUGCUAUCCUACUGUGGCCCCGUUAAAGGCGGCAUUUUGCUGAGCAAAAUGUACGAAUGCAUGCAGACUGGCGAUGAGCCGGUGAGGCGUCUUUUCUACGGCAUGCUCACCAGUGUUUGCGUGCCGAUUCACGAAAUGAUUUACAAAUGGCUCAGUGAAGGAAAAAUAUCCGACAAUUAUGAGGAAUUUUUUAUCGGUGAAGACUCCGGUGUCGACUACGUAGACUUGGGAAAAUGGUGGCACAAGAAGUACUUCAUUAGGAAUCCUCAAGUUCCCGUUUUUCUGGAUAAAUCUAUCGCAGAGGAAAUCCUGGCAGUUGGGAAGAACGUUAUUUUCACUGUUGAAAUUUGCAGACAUGAUGGAGGCAUACCUGGACUCAUCAAUCUCCUGGAUCAACUAAAAAGCGAAGUCAAACCUGAAUCUCUGCUAUUGGAAGGCAUGGGGGAAUCAACAGUCGUGCGUGACGUCCAGGGUAACCUUUACCAAAAAGAAGGGGACUACCUUGGAACCAUCAUUCACAACCUGUUCACUCUGACGUCUUCUUACGUCUAUCAUGAUCUUGUACUGAAGGAAUAUGGUCUUCUCAAUGAACUCACGGUUCUGCGCCAGUUCCUGCUUCUUGGACAUGGAGACUUCGCGAAAUCUUUGAUGAGUGCCCUUCGGAACAUUCUGGAUAAACCAGCUGUUGAAAUCAACAAUGGGAACCUGCUUCGCGGCCCUUUGAAGUUCGUCAUCCGAGAGUUGUUUGGCACACAAGGGAAAUUGGGUGUGGAUCGCCUCGACGUGAAAACAUUUGAAGGCAGUGUGCACGAAACUGGAUGGGACACUUUCGUUUUGAAUUACCGUAUCGAAGGUCCACUGGGUGCUGUUAUUACUCCGGGCCAUGUCACUCGGUAUUCGCAGUUGUUCCGUUGUCUUUGGAGAAUCCAGAGGACCAGUUAUAUUGCUGGGAAGCUCUGGAUGGAGCUAAAAAAUGUUUGGAAGUAUUGCGUCGUUAUUCCAGAAAUGAUGACAGCUGCUCGAGAAAUCAUGUCGCUGAUUGCUGCCAUGUUGCACAUGUCGAAAGAGCUCCACUUCUUUCUUUCUUUUGAAGUAAUCGAAUGCGAAUGGAGGCAAAUGAUGGAGAAAAUAAAAACGGCCGACUCGCUUGAUGCUGUGGCGAAUAUUCACGAAAGAUUCUUGUGCGAAGUGUUGUCGCGAAAUUUCCUGAAAGACACGAAUACAGGAGUUUUCCCGAGGGUGCGGAAACUUCAGAAUCUAGUGCUGAAACUGGAUCCGAUUGUGCGUCAGUUUUUCGACGCCAUAGUUGGCGAAUACACUCGGCGAGUUAACCUGGUCUCGGGAAUUAAGCCAAAGGUGCCGCCGAAGAAUUUCGCCGGGAAAGUUGUUGGGCGACCGCUGAAAGGAAGAACAUUAAAUCCUCCGCCAAAAAUCCCUUCACCGCUGCGACUUUCGGAGUCUGAAACACGACAUCGGCUCGGGUUCGGUUCAGUUUUCGUUGAACCGACGAGACACAAGGUCAAGACGCUUCGAAUCGAAUUCACGGCGCAAAUGUGUGAUUUCUUGCUCGAGCUUUCACACGAUGUUGGCUCUUUGUUGCCGUUAAGCACCAGGCUCGAUUUCAACGAGUUUUACAGAAGAACUGACAAACGACUUGGGACACCUUUGACUUACCGGCACCAGAGAGAGAUGAUUAGUGUUAAACCGGGAGCUAUGCCAAAAACUCUUUUCCGAGCGGGCGAUGAUUUAUAAGUGAUAUGUUGAUUUUAGGCUUCCGUAGACGAUUUUUGUCGUCCUGUGAUCAAAUUUUUUGUAAGUUUUACAGCUGUUAUUUCUUCCUGUUAAUAUUACGACCGCUUUAGAAGGUCGGAAAUGUGUGAAAUAAGUGAAGAGGAAGCUCGCUUCUGAACUUGUCCGAUACGUUUGUGAACGCUCAGGGCAGUCGUUUUGGUGCUGUUCUGGUGUGUGCGAUCUACCGGGAGAUCGUGAUCUACCUGAUCGAUUAUUGAUUUGUGGUCUGGAAUCUGUCAUUUAAAGUUUUAAUCAUACAACGAGAGUUUUGGGAAGUUAUCUAGUUGAAAUAUCAAUCCACUUAACUGGAAGACCAUGUUUUGUGUAGAUGGGAGUCAGUGAGAAGAUUUUUACGAGGUUGGGUUCUUCAAAAGCUAAGUUUGAAAGAUAUCUUCACGGAAAGAUUUCCCCCAAAAGAAGGAGAUAUGCGCCAAUUCACACCGUUUUUAACAUUUGAACAACAGACGAUUAAGACUACGCGUGUGUGAAAAAUUGAUAACAGAAAAAUGCAGUCGAGAAUUUCCUUCCACGUCAACGGUCGUUAAAAUUGUAUCGUUUGAAGGCAUUUUAUUUCGUGGCAUAAUUUGAAAAGUGCAGCAGGAAAAGUUACUGUUAUCUGUUGUUUAGAAGCAAGGUUGCCUUUUUUUUUUUUUCAAAUAGAACCCAGAAGACCUAGGAAGUGUUGUUACAUGAUUAGAUGACUUCACAACUAACUUCUGCAUAUAGGUUUCCAGCGUGUGCAUACAAGUUCUGGCUUGCCUCAUACCUGUACUUCCCUUUUUUUCAUGUGCGACACGAUCUUCCGAAAAAAUAAUCGUUUUUAUUGGAUAAUGAAUGGAGCUCGCAUCCAGAACAGCACCAUGUUUUCGAAGUUGCGCUAAUGAAAGCAAAAGCAAUCUCGAUCUGGGUAUGAUCGUAAAAAAAUGAUAACGGUACUCGAAUGCCAGGUAAUAGAACUCUAGUGGAUCUUUAAGCUAAGUGAAAAUUCACGAAGAUCUCAUGUGUGCUUUGUGACAUUUUUGGAAUGGCAUUUCGAUUUCAACUAAUCUGAUGUUCAGUCUUGCCAUGCUUGAAUAUUUUGAUAAUCAUGAUCAUUUUUUUUCUGAA